GUUAGAACAUCUUCAGGAGAAAACUCUUAAAAAAUGCAGCAGCUUAGGGAUACAAGUUGAUGACCUCUUACCUAAAAUAAAUGGGAGCACAGAAAAAGAGAAGCUGAUCGUCCAGGGGCAUCUGACCAAAGUGGUAGAAGAAACAAAGCUUUCAAAAGAAAACCAGGCAAGAGCAAAGGAAUCUGACUUAUCAGAUACCCUAAGUCCCAGCAAGGAGAAAAGCAGCGACGACACUAUAGAUGCCCAAAUGGAUGAGCAAGACCUAAAUGAACCUCUUGCUAAAGUGUCUCUACUAAAAGAUGACUUGCAGGGCGCACAGUCAGAAACUGAGGCAAAACAAGAAAUUCAGCAUCUUCGCAAAGAAUUGAUCGAAGCCCAGGAGCUAGCUAGAACAAGUAAACAAAAAUGCUUUGAACUUCAAGCUCUUUUGGAAGAAGAAAGAAAAGCCUAUCGAAAUCAAGUUGAGGAGUCUGCUAAACAAAUACAGGUUCUUCAAGUCCAACUCCAGAGGUUGCACAUCGAUAUUGAGAAUCUGCGGGAGGAGAAGGACAGUGAAAUCACAAGCACUAGAGAUAAACUGCUUAAUGCCCAAGAUGAAAUUUUGCUCCUUUACCAAGCAGCAGCAAAGGCUGCCUCUGAGCAGGACGCUGACUUUGUAGAGCUUAAGAAGGUGAGAGCUGAGCUUGAGAGGUGGCAGAAAGCAGCAUCUGAAUAUGAGAAAGAAAUCACGAGUCUGCAAAACAGUUUUCAGCUUCCAUGUCAGUGGUGUGAAGACCAGCAGAGAGGGAACAGCAAAUCUGCAGGGGAAAAAGCACUGCAGUUUCAAGGUGAACUAGAGAAGUUGAAAAAAGAAUGGAAUGCAUUGGAAACUGAAUGCCAUUCUCUGAAAAAAGAAAAUGAUUUGCUGUCAUCAGAACUGCAGAGGCAAGAAAAAGAAUUGCACAAUUCUCAGAAGCAGAGUUUAGAGCUUACGAGUGAUCUCAGCAUCCUUCAGAUGACUAGGAGAGAGCUUGAGAAUCAAGUGGGAUACUUGAAAGAACAACAUCUUCGGGAUUCAGCUGAUUUAAAAACUCUUCUCAGUAAGGCUGAAAACCAAGCAAAGGAUGUACAGAAAGAGUAUGAAAGGACACAGACUGUACUCUCAGAACUGAAGUUGAAGUUUGAAAUGACUGAUCAGGAAAAGCAGUCAAUCACAGAUGAGAUCAAACAAUGUAAAGACAACCUGAAGCUCCUCUGAGAGAAAGGAAAUAAUUGUUUGUCAAGUAAACCCUGGCCCUGGAUGCCCAUGUUGGCGGCCCUGGUUGCGGUGACAGCCAUUGUGCUGUAUGUGCCAGGUCUGGCCAGAGCUUCUCCAUCAGAGUGUCUUGAGUCUGUACACCAUCCUCCCUCUAGAAGCUGGCAUCAUAUUCAUGCUGGGACAAACAGAACCAUUUUCUUCCUUUUUACCUCUUAAAACAGCAAAGUGCAAGAAUAUAGCUAUAGGGUCAUUGCUUUAAAUUAUAUAAAAUCUAUCUAUCUAUAGAAAUGAUAUAAAGUUGUGACUAUUCUACUGUAAGUAGUAAUUUACUUACAGUUUUUCAUGUAAUUUUAAAAUUAGUAUGUUGAGAUUCUGAAUAUUAUGGUGACCUAAAGUAGGCUUCUUAGUACACCAAAUUGUUUAUAUCAUAAAUUCAUAGAUAUUUUACUCUGAAUUCUGAUGGCCACAUAAUUCAUGUUUCUGAUUUGAUAACUACCCAAACCAAAUAACCAAUACAUACAUGGGAAGAGAGGCCCUGUGUGCUCAGUGCCUGUCAGUUUGAAAUAUGUGCACACAUAUAUAUUUUUUUUACAUAUUUACACCAUUUUUACUUGUUAUAAGACCACUGAGCUAUUGGG